AUGGAGCCGGGACCCCCGGCCCGCGCUGGCCCCCUGCAGCCAGCGGCCCGGGGGCUCUGGAGGGCUCGGCCGGCGGGCGCCGGCGGCGGGGGCGCCUCCUCCUGGCUGCUGGACGGGAACAACUGGCUGCUGUGCUAUGGCUUCCUCUACCUGGCGCUGUACGCGCAGGUGUCCCAGUCCAAGCCGUGCGAGAGGACCGGCUCCUGCUUCUCCGGCCGCUGUGUCAACUCCACCUGCCUCUGCGACCCAGGCUGGGUGGGGGACCAGUGCCAGCACUGCCAGGGCAGGUUCAAGUUAACAGAACCUUCUGGAUAUUUAACAGAUGGUCCAAUUAAUUAUAAGUAUAAAACUAAAUGUACAUGGCUAAUUGAAGGCUAUCCAAAUGCAGUGUUGAGAUUAAGAUUCAAUCAUUUUGCUACAGAAUGUAGCUGGGAUCACAUGUAUGUUUAUGAUGGAGAUUCAAUAUAUGCACCUUUAAUAGCUGUACUCAGCGGGCUGAUCGUCCCCGAGACGCGGGGCAGCGAGAGCGUGCCCGAGGUGGUCACCACGUCCGGCUAUGCGCUGCUGCAUUUCUUCAGUGACGCCGCCUACAAUCUCACUGGCUUCAACAUUUUUUAUUCAAUUAAUUCUUGUCCUAACAAUUGCUCUGGGCAUGGGAAGUGUACAUCUAGCGUCUCUGUUCCAAGCCAAGUGUAUUGUGAAUGUGAUAAAUACUGGAAGGGCGAAGCUUGUGACAUUCCUUACUGUAAAGCCAACUGCGGCAGUCCGGAUCACGGUUACUGUGACCUCACAGGAGAAAAGUUGUGUGUCUGCAAUGACAGUUGGCAAGGUCCUGAUUGUUCUUUGAAUGUUCCUUCCACUGAGUCUUACUGGAUUCUGCCGAACGUUAAGCCCUUCAGUCCUUCUGUAGGUCGGGCUUCCCAUAAAGCAGUUUUACAUGGGAAAUUUAUGUGGGUCAUUGGUGGAUAUAGUUUUAACUACAGUUCUUUUCAAAUGGUCCUAAAUUACAAUUUAGAAAACAGUAUAUGGAAUGUGGGAACCCUGUCAAGGGGACCGCUCCAGAGAUACGGACACUCUCUUGCUUUAUAUCAGGAAAACAUCUUUAUGUAUGGAGGCAGAAUUGAAACCAAUGAAGGCAAUGUCACAGAUGAAUUAUGGAUUUUUAACAUACAGAGUCAGUCAUGGAGCACAAAAACUCCUACUGUUCUGGGACAUGGGCAGCAGUAUGCUGUGGAGGGACAUUCAGCACAUAUCAUGGAGCUGGAUAGCAGAGAUGUGGUCAUGAUCAUAAUAUUUGGAUAUUCUGCAAUCUAUGGUUACACAAGCAGCGUACAGGAAUACCAUCUCUCAUCAAACACUUGGCUUGUUUCAGAAACUAAAGGAGCUAUUGUUCAAGGUGGAUAUGGUCAUACAAGUGUGUAUGAUGAAAUAACAAAGUCCAUUUAUGUUCAUGGAGGCUACAAAGCAUUACCAGGCAACAAAUAUGGAUUAGUCGAUGAUCUUUAUAAGUAUGAAGUUAACACUAAGACUUGGACUAUUUUGAAAGAAAGUGGGUUUGCCAGAUACCUUCACUCAGCUGUUCUUAUCAAUGGAGCUAUGCUUAUUUUUGGAGGAAAUACCCAUAAUGACACUUCCUUGAGUAACGGUGCAAAAUGUUUUUCUGCCGAUUUCCUGGCAUAUGACAUAGCUUGUGAUGAAUGGAAAAUAUUACCGAAACCAAAUCUUCAUAGAGAUGUUAACAGAUUUGGACACUCUGCGGUGGUCAUUAAUGGGUCCAUGUAUAUAUUUGGAGGAUUUUCUAGUGUACUCCUUAAUGAUAUCCUUGUAUAUAAGCCUCCAAAUUGCAAGGCUUUUAGAGAUGAAGAACUUUGUAAAAAUGCUGGUCCAGGGAUAAAAUGUAUUUGGAAUAAAAAUUACUGUGAAUCUUGGGAAUCUGGGAAUACGAAUAAUAUUCUUAGAGCAAAGUGCCCUCCUAAAACAGCUGCUUCUGAUGACAGGUGUUACAGAUACGCAGACUGUGCCAGCUGCACUGCCAACACCAACGGGUGUCAGUGGUGUGAUGACAAGAAGUGCAUCUCCGCCAGCAGUAACUGCAGCGUGUCUGUGAAAAACUACACCAAAUGCCAUGUGAGAAAUGAGCAGAUUUGUAACAAACUUACCAGCUGUAAAAGCUGUUCAUUAAACUUGAAUUGCCAGUGGGAUCAGAGACAACAGGAAUGCCAGGCUUUACCAGCUCAUCUUUGUGGAGAAGGAUGGAAUCACGUGGGGGAUGCUUGUCUCAGAAUCAAUUCCAGCAGAGAAAACUAUGACAAUGCAAAGCUUUAUUGCUAUAAUCUCAGCGGCAAUCUUGCCUCACUGACGACCUCAAAAGAAGUGGAAUUUGUUCUGGAUGAAAUACAAAAGUAUACGCAGCAGAAAGUGUCACCAUGGGUAGGCUUGCGUAAGAUCAACAUAUCCUACUGGGGAUGGGAGGACAUGUCUCCGUUCACAAACACAACACUGCAGUGGCUUCCUGGAGAACCGAACGAUUCUGGGUUCUGUGCGUACCUAGAGCGGGCCGCGGUGGCCGGGCUGAAAGCCAACCCCUGCACCUCGGUGGCCGACGGCCUUGUCUGCGAGAAGCCCGUGGUUAGUCCAAAUCAGAAUGCAAGGCCGUGCAAGAAGCCGUGCUCCCUACGGACCUCGUGCUCCAACUGCACCAGCAACGGCAUGGAGUGCAUGUGGUGCGGCAGCACCCGGCGCUGCGUGGACUCCAACGCUUACAUCAUCUCCUUUCCCUACGGACAGUGCCUGGAGUGGCAGACGGCCACCUGCUCGCCUCAGAAUUGUUCUGGAUUGAGAACCUGUGGACAGUGUCUGGAGCAGCCUGGCUGUGGCUGGUGCAAUGAUCCCAGUAACACAGGACGAGGACACUGCACUGAAGGGUCUUCUCGAGGACCCAUGAAGCUCGUGGGAGCGCACAGCGAUGAGAUGGUUCUCGACACCAGUCUUUGUCCCAGAGACAAGAACUACGAGUGGUCCUUUAUCCAGUGUCCAGCUUGCCAGUGUAAUGGGCACAGCACGUGCAUCAACGACAAUGUGUGUGAGCAGUGUAAAAAUCUCACCACGGGGAAGCAGUGCCAGGACUGCAUGCCCGGGUACUACGGAGAUCCCACCAACGGGGGCCAGUGCACAGCUUGUACAUGCAGUGGCCAUGCAAAUAUCUGUCAUAUGCACACCGGAAAAUGUUUCUGCACGACUAAAGGGAUAAAAGGUGAUCAGUGCCAAUUAUGUGACUCUGAAAAUCGUUAUGUUGGUAAUCCACUUAGAGGAACAUGUUACUACAGUCUUCUGAUUGACUAUCAGUUUACCUUCAGCUUAUUGCAGGAGGACGAUCGCCACCACACGGCCAUAAACUUCAUAGCAAACCCAGAACAGUCAAACAAAAAUUUGGAUAUUUCGAUUAAUGCAUCAAACAACUUUAAUCUCAACAUUACAUGGUCAGUUGGUUCAACAGCUGGAACAAUAUCUGGGGAGGAGACCCCUAUAGUUUCCAAGACUAAUAUAAAGGACUACAGAGAUAGUUUUUCCUAUGAAAAAUUUAACUUUAGAAGCAAUCCUAACAUUACAUUCUAUGUGUACGUCAGCAACUUUUCCUGGCCUAUUAAAAUACAGAUCGCAUUUUCACAACACAAUACGAUCAUGGAUCUCGUGCAAUUUUUUGUCACCUUCUUCAGUUGUUUUUUAUCCUUAUUAUUGGUGGCUGCUGUGGUUUGGAAGAUCAAACAGACCUGCUGGGCUUCUCGGCGGAGAGAGCAACUGCUUCGAGAACGACAGCAGAUGGCCAGCCGUCCCUUUGCUUCUGUGGACGUAGCCCUGGAAGUAGGGGCCGAACAAGCAGACUUUCUCCGAGGGCCUUUGGAGGGGGCGCCCAAACCCAUCGCCGUUGAGCCAUGUGCCGGGAACAGAGCUGCGGUUCUGACUGUGUUUCUGUGUCUCCCGCGAGGAUCGUCAGGUGCUCCUCCCCCUGGGCAGUCAGGCCUUGCCAUCGCCAGUGCCCUCGUAGACAUUUCUCAGCAGAAGCCUUCGGAUAGUAAAGACAAGACGCCGGGGGUCCGGAAUCGCAAACACCACCUCUCGACACGCCAAGGAACGUGUGUCUGAGGAACAGGAGCUCCUCCGGGGUCCUUCGUACUGUUCUACCUUGUAAAUGGCUUCCCUUAAGGCUGGCCUACGGCCUCAAGUUUUACGGAGGUGAAACUGUAUACACGGUCCCAGGACCCGCGUGCAGUCCCUCCACGUGGGCAGCAACCCAAGUGGCCAAAGAAUGUUCAUGAGUUUUAUAGAAGUAGCAGGAUCAAAGGUCGUGGGUGAUCCAGUCAGUUUUACGACUCUUGUAGGCUUAUCCUAGAUAACUUUAAAUUACUCUGGAAAAAGAUGUAUAUUGUUUCUUAAUGCAGAUGAAGAAUAUGUAAUUCGUAUAAUCCAAACUGUUUAUAUCCCGAGAUAUUAAAGAAAGACAUUUUAUAAUGCCUGAACGAUGAGACGUGUACAGUUUUUGCCUCGUAAGCAAACUUAAAUCCCUUGUAUAUGAGACAGGAAAUGAAGACAUUGCAAUGGCUUUAACUGCUGUUUUAUCUCACUCUCGAUGUAAGUGCCAGAUUUUGAUUUGGUAGGAUGUGGGCACUGUAUUUCCAUCUUUCCCAUGACGGUAUCAUGUCCAAAGUCAGAGCAAGUGAGUGCUGUCCGCCGACUGGAACGCGGACCUGAGUGAGUCCGUGGGGAUGGAUGGCGGGUGCGACUUCACCGGCGGUUCCUUAGAACCCGAGGGAAGAGGACCUUCUGUCAUCCGUGCCAGCUGCCUAAUCCUUAUCAAGCCGACGGAGCAUGGAAAUGCCUGUCCAGCGAUCCGUUUCCCCUCCUUCCCAACAGCCUCCAACACCACAGCCCUGAAGAGAGCUGAGCGAGUUGUUUUAGUGUGUGACCUGCCGCUCCAACGUGGUCAUUCGUUCCUUGCCAGGGAGCCCCUGGAUCAGAGCUCUGAUCCACCUGCCUUUUCAUAAGCAUGGACCUUCUCCUUCCGACCAUCUCCUCCUAGCUGCUAGAUGUCCUCUACCUUUGACACGUGAUGAAAAGUAUUCUAGAGCAACACCUCCCGAGUCCUAAUAUGACCCAGGCUCCUUCCCGCCCACUCCAUUGCUGAGAAUACGGGCAGGGAAGGGCUUGGCAGGCGAGCGCCUACAGGCUUCUGGUUUCCAACAUGAACCCACUGGUGUCGUGCACGAAGUCUCCCGUCAAACACCAAGGUCGGUAUUGCCUGCAUUCAGCCUAUCCCUAAGGACUCAAAACUCUGAAUUACGGCAGAAAGGAAAAGGGAUGCCAAACAGUAUUCCCAUGGGGACAUAGGAUCAUUGCUGUCCUCAUUUUGAGCACAGUUCAUGAGAACUCAGUAGCAUUACAGAUCUCGUCGGGAGCUGUAGGCUCUGAACGUCAGGGUGGCUCCAGGAUACUGGUAGAGAACACAGAGAUGUCCAACGCGGCUUCAUGCGAUAGAGUUUUGUUCGAUCUGAAAGCCAUUUAAACGUCAUCGAUGUGUAGAACUACAUAUGUGCUUUUCAUGUUCUUUGGAUUUCUGGAAGGUAAACUUCACUGUUUACACGAAUGCACAGUCACCCGCGUGUGACGGCUGUGCAGUGGCGGGCCACACACUAUUGUGACACAAAAUGUUGGUUUCAUAAUGCCAUUUAUACGUAGUCCACUUACUUUGAUGAGGAUCGAAUGUAAUAUAUAUCAGGAAUGGCCAUACAAUAUGUAGUUGCAUUGUAUAUAAAAUUGCUAGGUUGCAUCUAAUCAUGACUAUGUCAUUGUUUUAAUAAUUAGGCAUUUAUGAGUUAUGGUAUAUAUUCCUUAUGUUGGCAUGAUAUUUUGCUAUUUUCCAUGCAUUAAGAAUAAGACUAAUUCUUAGAGUAAUUUUAUCUAUGGCCUGUGGUUUUGUUUCUGUUUCUUUGUUCCUGUUGUUGUUUCUUUUUGAGGGGAGGGAGCAAAGCUGGUUUUUAUCUCCCUGUGAUAUUUUCUCUCUGAAAAAAAGGGAGCCACGUCUGUAAAUGUCUCCUAAAAAUA